UUUUUUUUUACUUUAUGAAUUUUGAGUGCAUUUUUAUUUAUUUUUAAACAUGUCGCGACAAAAAAAUUGUAAAAUUUUUUAGGAAAAUUUCCAUAAAUUUUAAAAAGGAAAUGCAAGUUUUUUGUUAUCUUUUUUUUUGAGCAAAAUUUUAUUUUUAUUUUUAAAAAUAUGAUCAAAUUUCGACAUAUUUUUUUCUCGGCAUCGGUUGGAUCCCCAACUUUGGCUUUGGGGAUGGUCUUUCUUUUCCGCCUUUUAACUUCCAUCUUCCACAAUUUUAACUUCCAUCUUCCGGCCCUUCCCUGUUGUACACAUGCCUUUGCGCGAUGGGAAAAAUGAGGUGUUAAAAUAAAAGCCGUACGUAAACUUAAAGGUUC